UGGUGUGAUGAGCUCUAAUGGCAGUCUUCGAUUGAAAGUCUUCGCGCAAUGAUAACGAUACCGAGUUAUUGACGUAGCGCGUUUGACGACGCGUAUGCAGACGCGCGUGCUCGUUUAUGUGGAACUGGCCGUGAGGUCCGUCCCGAAAUUCCUUAAAUUAUGGACGAAACCAGAAUUCCACCGACCGUUUCUCACCAGUAUCUCGUGGUCGUCGAUGAUCAGAGCAAUUCUGUUGUGAGACAAAUUAAAAGGUCACCCUCCAAGGAAAGGGCAGUCACCAAGCGAGAAUGGGCCACCGUUUUGGUAUUGUGCUUUGUGAACCUCAUCAAUUACAUGGAUCGGUUUACGGUAGCAGGUGUUCUUAGCAACAUAAGGACCGACUUCAACAUUGGCAAUGAUAAGUCUGGCCUGCUCCAGACAGCUUUCAUCAUCAGUUACAUGAUUUUUGCCCCGUUGUUUGGAUACCUUGGAGAUCGGUACAAUAGGAAAAUUAUCAUGAGCUUUGGCGUAUUCUUAUGGUGCCUGACUACAUUCGUUGGAUCGUAUAUGAAGACGUUUGGCUGGUUCAUUAUUUUUCGAACGUUCGUUGGCAUUGGAGAAGCUAGCUACUCGACGAUAGCUCCUACGAUAAUUAGUGACUUGUUCGUUAAGGACGUUCGCUCCAAAAUGCUUGCAUUAUUUUAUUUUGCCAUACCAGUUGGAAGUGGUUUAGGAUAUAUAACAGGAGGGGAGACGGCAAGAGUAACGGGAUCUUGGCAAUGGGGAUUGAGGAUUACUCCUGCUUUGGGGAUUGUAGCUAUUUUCCUGUUGCUAUUCGUAGUACGAGAUCCUGUAAGAGGAGAAAAGGAAGGAGGCUCACACAUUGCCAGUACGACGUGGCUCAAUGACAUGAAGGCCUUACUAAAAAAUCCGAGCUUUAUGCUGUCCACUGCAGGAUUUACCUGUGUAGCCUUUGUUGCCGGAGCUCUAUCCUGGUGGGGGCCGACCUUCAUAGAAUUGGGUUUCAAGCUGCAAGCCAAUGGACAGUCUGUCGACUCGAAAGACGUAGCAUAUAAGUUUGGUUUAAUUGCCAUGGUGUCUGGAGUAAUUGGAGUGCCAUUGGGUUCGUUUAUGGCACAAAAAUUAAGAGUGCGUUGGCAGCAAGCUGAUCCACUAAUAUGUGCCAUCGGACUUUUAUUGAGCUCUCCACUCAUAUUCUUUGCGUCCAUUACGGCUAGCACCAGUUCCACUGCAUGUUAUGUGCUCAUAUUUUUUGGACAGUUGGCUCUGAACCUUAACUGGUCCAUAGUGGCUGACAUGUUGCUGUACGUAGUAAUACCGACCAGAAGAUCAUCAGCGGAAGCUUUUCAAAUACUCGUAGCCCAUGCACUAGGUGAUGCAGGAAGUCCAUAUCUCAUAGGAUUGCUAUCCGAGGCACUAAAGAAUACCCUUUCGCCGGAGUUAUGGAUAGGCAGCUCGGAGAAACUAUUGCUCUCUACGGGGAAGGUUGUGGAUCCAGUGAUCGAGUAUAGAAGUUUACAGUAUUCUCUAUUCCUGACUAUCUUCGUGGAAGUGUUGGGUAGUCUCUUCUUCUUCUUGACUGCUCUCUACAUCCAGAGAGAUAAGGCACUGGUCGAUCUCACCAUAGCUGAAUGUGACAACGACUCUGAUACCUCACAGAUGUCCAGCGAGGACGCGGAAAACGAACUGCAGAAUUCUCUGAUUAAGCCUGACUGAAUGACCCUAGUGAUACCUCAUCCGUCGACGCUGCAGUAGAUUUAUGAAAGUUCCUGUAGAUGCUGGAACGCCAUGGUCGGCGCUAGCCAGUUCCAGAGGAUGGAGAAAAUAGUUCAUGAAAUCCCAGCCGAUCAUUAUGCCCCUGAGUAAUCGAGGGCGAUCCACGCAGUGCAGCUUAUGAAACGCAACAAUUGUACACGCAGUACUUCUAUAUUGUUAAUUGGAACGGUUGUGGUUUCGUCAUGACCGAUGUCCCCAAAAAUGGCCGUCAAUAGGAAUCGCUAGAAGUACGCAAAGAAGCGGCUCUUUGUAUAGAACAGAAAUUCUAUUUGCUCUUAACUAGACUAAGAACAUCGAACUAACACGAAUGGUUGCGGUAUUGGUUUGCAUUGGAUGUUCCUUCUCAUUGCCGUGCCAGUGAGGGAGCGUUAUUAUUUAAGUGCUCUAAGUACCAAUUAUUAAUGUAUCGUGUAUCUGUCCUAAGUAUUGACUGAAUGCGUAUUUUUACAAUCGGAAUUGUAAAUACGCGUGUUAUGACGGUAAUUUAUCGAUAACUCGUAGAUACGAGGUUGAGUAUCGGGACAUCCAAAGCUGGGAAAUUGGAAAAUUGAUCGUUCACAUUUCUCGCCGGACUGGCGAAAGUGUACACUACUAUACGAUAUUCGUAGGAUAUUAGAAUAUUUUUCUAUUAGCAUUGCCGACACAUGCGGCUGCCAUGGAAAGGGAUUAAAUCGAAUAUUUUGGCACUGGGUAGAUCGAUCGAGACAAUACACUUGGACUUGUAUUGAAACGGUAUAACUGAAUAUUUCAGUUGGAUAAAAAUCGCCCAAUUUUCUCUUAAGGUUUAAACAAACCAAAUGGAAUGCUCGUUGCGAUACGAAUGCAUCUUGAAUCUGAAUGGUUUUUGGACAAAUUGCUCGCUCUUUCUUCUUUCCCUUUCGCAGUUGGCAUGCUCAGGAUGAAGCAAUAAAUUAUGUCUUUCCGAAUGAUUAUAAGUAAACACUUGAAUUAACGGCGACAGGCAGGUGUUCGACAACCUUAGCGUAAAAACUGCGAUUGUUACCGAUUACCGCUUAAGAGGCAGAGAUGAGUUUUUAGUAAUAAAAGAAGGUUCGCAAAGGA